AUGUCGUAUCCUUUCUCUCUACGCCACAUCCCCGCGCUUAUUCUCGCCGCCAGCAGCACCUUUGGCGGCAUCUGGCCAAUCUUCAACGCCGAGGGGGCCAUGCUCGAGUUUGGCUUCCCUCCCAACGUCGCCCAAGCACCCGAGACAAAGCCUGUCAUGGUUCAAGGCCAGUCUCGCACCACCAUCAUCGGUCUUGUCGCCUUCCUCUUUUACUUUAGGGGGAAAUUCGCCGAGUUGGACACCAUCAUGACGGUGUAUGGGUUUUAUGCUGGCAUUCUCGACACGUAUAUCGUCUACAAGGGGGGCAACCCCAGCUGGGCGCUCUUCCGUCUUGCGGCGUCGUGGGUCUUUGGUUUCUGCGGGAUCGCGGGGUUAACUGCUUCCUCCCUGUCUUGA